AUGGAGAAUUCAGAUUAAAACAAUCCACCAUUAAUUUCAAUCAUUAAUCCUAAAUACUCUAUUCCUUUCAAUAAGCCAAUUUACUUCAAAAUCAAAGACUUAAUUGCCCAUAAAGUCAAUCCAAUUAAACCAAAGCUCCCCCUUUUCCUUAAAAAUAUACAUGUUACAACAAAUCAAAAAUUGUUUGUUAUAGCUGUUAUUACAACUUAUGUAGUACAAACCACAUUAGGUAAUUACAAUUUUGACUUUUGUAGAAGUUAUUGGUUGA